CUAUCGUUUCCGGGGCCCACUUCCCCCCUCCUCGCUCACCUCGCCUGGAAGCCUUGCUUCGGUUGAGUUCUUUCCCACCGCAGCUUCCCUCCAGAUAUAAACCCUAUCCCUCUCGUCCUCGCUUGUUGUGAAGCUCGUGAAUCCCGCGCCGAUCUCGUCGUCGGCCUCGAGGAGUAGCAGCCCCUGAUGGCGACCGCCGUGGCGUCGCAGCCGCGACACUUCACCCUCGGCGGCGAGCCGAGGGCAGCCAUCUGCGCAGCCAGCACAUCAAAGAUUUGCACCCUGGACAAAGUAUAUGGAUUCAGGUUCGUAUGCAGAAGUGUUGUUGAUCUAAGGAGUCAAAAAUUCCAUUCCCAAAUUUCUAAGAGAAAGUGCUAUUUAACAAGUUCACCAUCGGAAUUUGAGAAGAUCAUUUUGAGUGCUAGAUGGUUAGAAUUUAGGAGACAGAGGAUAGCCUUUCAGAGAACUAGAAGGUGGGUUCACAGUAUUCCAUUGGCUUCUCAAGAUGAUGGCAGUGGUGUGUCUGUUAAUGGAGUACCACAAGUUGAUCCAGCAAGUCAAAUGAAGGAAAUAAGGGUGGAAUUGGAUAAAGCAUUGCAAAAUGAAGACAUAAGCACUGGCCUUGUCCAAUCAAUACAUGAUGCUGCGAGAUCUAUUGAAUUGGCUUUCCUUGAUCACAGCAAAUCAUCAAUAAACUCUUGGUUCCCAAAGAUGUGGCUUGGUGUCGAUAACAAUGCAUGGAUAAAAUCGCUGUCUUACCAGGCUGCUGUUAGCUCGUUACUGCAAGCAGUUAUCGAUGUUUCAUCAAGGGGGAACGGCAGAGAUAGAGAUAUUAAUGUAUUUGUUCAAAGGAGUUUAUCCCACCUUCUCAGCUCUCUAGAUGGUGUUAUACAGAAUGAAUUGGCUAGAAGGGAACCUUCAUUAUAUCAGUGGUAUUCAUCUAAUCAAAAUCCAUUGGUGGUGAGGACAUUUGUGAACACUUUUGAAAAUGAUCGACGAUUUAAUUCUGCAACAGCAAUAUGCAGCGAAGGCAAGCCAAUGGAUACUAGUGAAAGUGACCUUUCUUUGCUUGUGCUUGGUCUGUUCUGUCUUGCUGCUAUUACGAAGCUAGGAUCAGCAAAAGUUUCUUGUCAGCAGUUUUUCUCCAUGGUCCCUGAUAUUAUUGGCCGAUUCAUGGAUAUGCUUCUUGAAUUCGUUCCUAUAAGUAAAGCGUAUACCUUGACGAAAGAUAUUGGUCUUCAGAGAGAAUUCUUGUGCAAUUUUGGUCCUCGUGCUGCUGUUCCUAAGUUUGCUAAUGAUCAUGGACUUGAGAUAUCAUUUUGGAUUGAUCUGGUUCAGAAACAAUUACUAAGGGCUCUUGAUCGUGAAAAGAUAUGGUCAAGACUGACAACAAGUGAAACUAUUGAGGUUUUGGAAAAGGACCUAGCGAUAUUUGGUUUUUUCAUUGCUUUAGGCAGAAGUACACAAGUAUACCUGUCUUCCAAAAGUCAUACAGAUUCAAAUGAUUCUAUCAAUAGUAUUGUAAGGUACCUUAUUGGUGGGAGCGUCCUAUAUUAUCCACAGUUGUCCUCGAUUAGUUCUUAUCAGUUGUAUGUGGAGGUUGUUUGUGAAGAGCUUGAGUGGCUUCCAUUUUACUAUGAAGAUGUGCCAACGCCAAUAGUUGAUACUGAAGGCAGAGAAGAAAUGCCUAAAAGAGAACUGAUAUCAAGGGUGCUAAAUGUCUGCACUUAUUGGAUGACUAGUUUUAUAAAGUAUAGCUCAUGGCUUGAGAACCCCUUAAAUGUAAAGGCAGCACGAUUCCUAUCUAAGGGGCAUGCCAUGUUGAGCGACUGCAUGACUGAGCUUGACAUAGCAAAAAAUAAUAUGCCUAAAGACCGAAGUUUUCAAGAAACUGGAGUAUUGGUUGAUGCGACUGAGCUAGCUUCCAUUGACAAGUCACUUGAAAGUGUUGAGGAAGCUUUGGUUAAGUUAGAAAAUUUGCUUCAAGAAUUGCAUCUUUCCAGUACCAACUCUGGUAAGGAGGAUCUAAAGGCUGCAUGUUCCGAUCUAGAAAUGAUCAGAAGACUGAAGAAGGAAGCAGAAUUUCUUGAGGCUUCCUUUCGAGCAAAAGCAGAAUAUCUGGAGGCUGAUACUAUUAGCAGAGUGUUACCUCCUGCUGGCGAGGGAGAACACGGAAAGACGGGCAGCAUGGUUAAUGAGGUUUUAACACCACAAAACCCAGUAAAUAGGAUGGAGAACAAUCGUCGUCCGUUUUGGGACAUUUUUGGUAUGACUUCUGGAAGGAAAAUUGUGCCAGCACAACAAGCUGUGGAUCAGGAUGCUUCUGCUGCCAAGGUGGAUCAAAUAGACAUGGAGUCAAAUGACAUCCGCCGCUUCGAACAGUUGAGACGUGAGUUGAUUGAGUUAGAAAGGAGAGUGCAGAAGAGUACAGAUGGUGCUAAAAAAGAGGAGUUCCAGGAAACGGAGGUUCCAGAUGAAACAAUGAGCCCUUCUGAGUCAGCACCCCCUCUGUCAGGGCCUUCUGGUUCAGUAAUCAAGAAAGAAAAUGUUAUUACAAAAUCGGUAGAGAAAGUUAAGGAGAGUACAACGAUUGUGUUGCAAGGGACACAGCUCUUAGCAAUUGAUACAGGAGCUGCUAUGGGUUUACUGAAAAGAUCUCUUAUUGGGGAGGAACUAACUCAGAAGGAGAAACAGGCUCUUCAGAGAACCCUGACAGAUUUGGCAUCUGUCGUUCCAAUAGGAAUACUCAUGCUUCUACCAGUCUCUCCACCAGAAGGAGCCGCAGGAGUCGGCUGCAUGUGGCACAACAUUUACGUAGUUACUGCUGUUGGGCAUGCUGCUAUUUUGGCUUUCAUCCAGAGAUAUGUGCCUUCCAUGAUCCCAUCCACAUAUGGCCCCGAGAGGUUAGAUCUCCUCAGGCAGCUUGAGGAAGUGAAGGAAAUGAAAUUGCCUGAAGGCAGCAGUGAAGAUAUUUCUGACGCAAUAGGUUUGAGAGGUGACCAAGUGAAAUAAGCUGACCAUGUACAGACGGACACAAGUAUAUUUCUGAUUGUCUUUUCUGUAAAGAUGUUUUUGAACAAGAGGCGGGAGGGUUCGUUUCCUUAUACUCUACUCCUAGAAGACCUCUCAGUGCAUGCUGAUGGGAGUAGAGCUACACAUGUUACAACCAUACGAUGCAUGGGCAUAUGUUGAGGGGCUAUUCUUCCUAAAGUUAUAUGCCUUCGUAGAUCUUUGUCCAUACUUAACAGUUACAACUUACAAGAGUAUUUGGUGCCCACUCAGCAUAUAUGAUCAACAUCCAAGUUCCUUUUGCAUAAUGGCUUUGUAGAGUAGGCAUUUUGAUAAGUGGAUCGAAUACCUAGCUAGAUAUUUGUGUAUCACAUGUUGUCAUGUAACCCCAUGUAUUUAUAUUUGAGAUAAUUAGCUGUUCAUACA